AUGAAGAACAAGAACCGACAAACGAAAUUUCCUGUUGCCCGGAUAAAGAAGAUAAUGCAGAAAGACGAAGAAGUUGGCAAGGUAGCACAGGCGACACCCAUCGUGAUAUGCUCGAAACAUCAGAUAACUUCUGACGCAUCCACUCCAGCGAAAGCCCUGGAGAUGUUCCUCGGUCUCAUCAUCGAAGAAGCUCACAAAGUCACGUCGGAACGGGGGUCGAAAAAGGUGGAAGCGUAUCAUCUAAAACAUGCUGUGGAGACGACGGAGAUGCUGGAUUUCUUGAAGGAGAUUGUGGAGGGUGUGCCGGACCCUUCGGCUGGUGGAACGAUUGAUAUGGAUGUAGAGCCGGCGGAGGGUGGGAAGAGGAAGAGAGGAAAAGCCAAAAAGGAGGGUGCUGCACCGAAGGAUGGGAACGCUGAAGGGGCACCGACGAAGAGAAGGAGGAAGAAGAAGGGCGAGGAGGAGCCGGUCGUCGUGAAGGAGCAGGAGGAGGCUAAAGACGUGGUGAUGGAGCAGGAGCCAGAGCAGGAGCAGGAGCAGGAGCAGGAAGAGCAAGACGAAGGGGAAGAUCAGGCAAUGAAUGGCCAUGGGAAUGACGAUGAAUGGGACGGAGACGACAAGCCGUUCAUGCCUAGACGGUAG